GACGGACGGACCGUGUGAAUUGAGUUGUGCGGUUGCCGUAGUGUUCGCUUUCCGCGUUCACUUGACGGGAGAAAGAUGGCCGAUGGCGUUGAAAUCGAUCUGUAUGCCGACGACCUGGAUCAGGAUUACUCACAAAACAACGAUGAUUACGGUGGCGAAAGUGGUGACCUGUACGAUGAUGUGAUUGCUCCGUCCGGCGACCGCAGCAGUGUCGGUGGUGGCAAUAGGCCAUCGAUCGAGCGGGUCGAGGGCGUUGAUACGAACGGCUCGUAUCACCACCAUCCCGGGGCCUGGUCGCUCAGCCACAUCCCGCGCCGUCACCAGCUGUACGUCGGCAAUUUGCCCUGGUGGACCACCGAUCAGGACAUCGCCGACUCGGUGGCGGACGUCGGGGUGAACGAUUUUCAUGAGGUGAAGUUUUUCGAAAAUCGCGCCAAUGGCCAGUCGAAGGGUUUCUGCGUGAUUUCGCUCGGGUCCGAGAUCAGCAUGCGGCUAGUGAUGGAGCGGCUGCCGAAGAAGGAGCUGCACGGUCAAAAUCCGGUCGUCACUCUGCCAACCAAGCAGGCGUUGAAUCAGUUCGAAAGUCAGCAAAAAACACGACCUACGCCGCCGGCUCCGGGGCAAUCGAAUGGACCCCGGCCACCAGGUCCCGGAAUGCCGAUGGGUGGGGGUGGUGGUGGGGCACCCCCAUCAGGGCCCGGUGGUCCGAUGGGUGGUCCAGGAGGGCCACCGGGUGGUCCCGGUGGCCCGGGUGGCCCCGGUGGACAUGGAGGUCCGCAGCCACGCAUGAUGAAUCCCAACAUGCCGCCCGGAAUGCGUCCACCACACCCGCAUAUGGGCGGACCAAUGCACAUGCAGGGUCACCAUGGACCAGGAGGCCCCCCAAGACCACAGGGACCACCGAUGCAUCAGGGAAAUGGCCCACCACAGCAACCUCCUAGGUUCCAGAAUCAAAACCAGUGGAACGGACCGCCCCGCAUGAACGGCCCAAGACCGGGCGGUCCGGGAGGUCCAGGUCCCAUGCACAGACCACAGAUGUUCCAAGGACCUCCGAAUGGGAUACCACGUGGACUGCGCCCCGAUUGGAAUAGGGCACCCAUGCACGGUGGAUACCCGCCCGGUGGCCAUCCUGGGGGCCCGGGACAGGGCGGACCCCACAUGCAGGGUGGUCCGCACGGACCGCGUGGUCCCCACCCCGGCUCGAUGGGUGGGCCUCCCGGUCCACAGGGGCCGGCUCCGCACGUAAAUCCGGCAUUCUUCAACCAGGGCGGUGGUCCGCCUAACCAUCCUAACGGUGGUCCCGGACCUGUGGGGCCUCCCCAUGGUGGUCCGCAGGGGCCACAAGGGCCACAAAGCGGAGGACCGCCGGCCCAUUUUAACCCACAAGGCAGUGGGGGACCGCCGCGCGGUAAUCCGUGGCCCGUGCAACAAGGAGGCAAACCACCCGGACCGCCUGGACCCGGCUUUCCCGAGCAUCCCAUCACACCGCAGCUGAGUGAGGCUGAGUUUGAAGAGAUUAUGACCCGCAACCGGACCGUCAGCAGUUCCGCGAUCGCUAGAGCCGUCUCCGACGCGGCCGCCGGCGAGUAUUCCAGUGCGACGGAGACACUCGCCACCGCAAUCUCGCUGAUCAAACAGUCCAAGGUGGCGCACGAUGAGCGGUGCAAAAUAUUGAUCGUUUCGCUGCAGGACACUCUGCACGGCAUCGAAACGAAGAGCUACACGCGCCGGGAGCGUUCACGGUCGCGCGAACGUUCGCACCGUCGCCAACGGCGCGAACGCUCCACCUCCCGUUACCGUGAGCGUUCACGCGAUCGUGAGCGUGAUCGCGAUCGUGACCGUGACCGUGACCGCGAACGAGAAGGCUCGCGCCGAUCUCGCCCAAGAAAAACGCCCGAACCGGCAACCGAUAGUGCGACGGACAGCUCCUCCAAGCGCUAUUACAAUGACGAUCGGUACCGAUCGUCGGACCGUGAACGGGAGCGCGAUCGUGACCGUGAGCGACGCGAGGAACACCGUUCCAGACAUUGAGAAUCCUUCCUUCCAAUUUCCGCUCCGAACUCUCCUAACCUUCUCAACCUUCGUCCCUCCAUCGUUUGUGGGGUCCUACGACAAAAAGCAUCAUGGGCACGAAGCGAAUAUUUUAUUUGGAAGAGAGUAUUUUAUUACUUUACGUAUUCCUUCCCUUUUCGAUGCUUUCCUAUCAUUUAAAGAUGAAACGAUUUUAUUUCAUCAUCGACCCGAACGGGAAAUCUGUGUGUCGGUCUGUGUGUUUCUGUACUGUUGGUGGAUUCAUUCACAGUACCCUGGUUUACUUUACACCGCAUACAUAGUUUCUGCGUGCAUUACCAAAAUUAACCUGCCUUGGUUUGGUAAAACAACAACCGAUGGAACCGAUAGAGGUGUCUCACAGUAAUCGAUUUCGUAUGAUUGUUUGCACUUAACUUCGUUUGUCUUUAGCUUUAAGACGGAACGAAGGAGCCGUUAGAGUAUAGAAGCGGCAAGCUGUAGUAAGUAUUCCACCCAUUGAAUAUACACGCUUGCCAUUUGGAGCUGGCUCGCAAACACGGCCAACACGUUACGCUGUCCCAAAGCGCAAGUAGAGAACGUGUGUUUGUGUUAAAAAAAGGUUAGAAAAUGAGUGUGAGCCCCGGGAAAGCAUAAUAUAAAGUUAGAAUGGUAACAAAGUGAACUCUCUACCGUAGACUUCACGGCGGUAAAAUUGAGCAUGAGUAUAUGUAUAGAAAAGUAGCAAACAUACAACCUAUAAGCGAGCGAGACACCUGCAACACACACACAAAACCACACCUCUGUCCCCUUUGCAAUCCACCGGCGUCAGCGCCAUUAACCGCAAUCCUCACUCCUGGGACACACAAACGCAAAGUGACAUCGCAUUUCUUCGCUCCGAUCCGUUCCGUCGACGGAACCGACCCGUUUGGGGCUUCAUCUUGACCUGCGGGUUUCAAAGUGACAACAUCUGCCAGCACCAGAACAACAGCACCACACCUUAGCAGUGACCACCAGCCUCCCGUUGUGCUGCAUAUCCUGCCGUGCUCAACGCGACCUCAUCCACUCUGUAUGUGUGUGCGUGUUUUCGUGUAUAUGUGUGGUGGCGGUAGUGGCUCCUGUUCGAUCACUUCGUCGUUCCUGUUCGCGGCAAGGAGGAGAGGACCUUCGGUGGCUGCCACUUCUACUGAUGCUGCUGCUGCUGCUGCUGCUGCUGUUUGGCUGUCCAGUCGGCGGGUUCGCGGCGGAAAAGAAGAAUGUAACAAAACACCCUCUUUUAAAAAUUAAUAAUUAU